AUGCGCAUGGCGCCGCCCAAGAAGCAGGGCGCGACGGACGACAUAGCCGCCAGCUGCCUGGCAUGGCAGCAGCGCUGGGAGGUUGUCGCCGUGAAGCGGGGCUCAACGGAUGUGGGCGCAGCUGCCCAGGCUGCAAAGGCCCUCAGCAUUCUGUCCGGCCUUGUCGCGCAAGCCGCCGCGCGGCGCCGCGGCGCCGCCGUGCCCGCCGCUGUGACGGGAGCGUGCGCGUCUGCGCUGCACGGCCUGCUGGCGCCGCUCCUAGGCAGCGGCAGCGGCGCGGUCGUGUCUGCGACGCUGAAAGCGCUGUCGGCAAUCGCUCGCACGGCACCCGCCGCCGUCGAAGCGGACGCGGCGGCGCCACUGCUGGCGCUGCUCUCACGGGACGAGGAAGACCUCUGGGCGGCCGCCGCCGCCGCCGGCGCGCGCGGCACGCUGCUCCUGCUCUCUGAGCGCGAGGCGGCGGCCGCCGCCCCCGACUGCCGCGCCGCCGCCGCGGCGGAGCGCGCCGACGGCGGCGGCCGCGGCUGCCGGCUGCGGGGCCUCGUGAGGCUGAUGGCCACGCUCGCGGGCGCGGCCGACUGGAUCGCGUCCGACAUCCUCGGGCCGUCCGAGGUUGAGGCGCUGCGCAUGCUCGAGGCGCUGUCGGGCCUGCACGCCGCCUGCGCCUUCCACGACGACACCCGCGACGCCGUCGUGCGGCUGGCGGCGGCGUUCUGCGGCUGCGGGCGGCUGGCGGCGCUGCUGGGGGAGGGCGGCCCGCGCGGCGCGCGGGCGAGGGCGCUGGUGCUGCGGGUGCUGCAUGGCACCCUCAAGCGGUGGGCAUGGCCUCUGGGGUCCUAG